AUGAAACAGCAGAUCUACAUAGCAGGAGUGAUUCUUGCAAUCUUACAAUGCUAUUAUGCACAAGACGUAGAACACGAUGAAGGACUGUACGUCACAGCAGCUAACCCAGUUACACCACCCUUGAAGAUUACCGAGUCUAAAAAAAAAAAGAAUGUGCGUUUAGAUAACCAUGGAUACAUUGGGGCUUUACUGCAGAAGGCAGGCGUAUUCUUAAGGAACACGCUUCUGUCUAGUUUUAGCCCAAUCACUAGCAAGGCAUAUUCAAAAGACUAUCCAGAGUACACUCCUUUGGUUGAUAAAAAAUCUUCCUCAACUAACAAACAAAUAAAGAACUCUGAAAAUCCUCUUAAAUCCACUGAUAAAUUACUAGUUCCUUCUAAACCUAAGCAAACAAUUAAACCUAUUGGAAAGGUGACAGAGACGCACCCUCCCUUUAUUCCUUACACUGGGGACGUGGCUGAAGUUGUCUACAGCCCGAAUGCCCCCAGGAAAAUGUCCAGCCUGGAGGAUGGAUUUUAUAAGAAUUUCAAGGCGCACAUUGAAGAAAUCCCUGACAAAGAGAGAUUUGUCAAGAAAGGCAUACAGAAUGCAAAGAAGAAUCUUAUGCAGCAAGCAAGACUAGCCAGGGCAUAUACAUCUGCGGCUGCUGAGGAAACCAUGGGUGUACUGGAUAAUACAAUGCGUUCUUCUUCUUUGCUCUCUGAUCUUAUAAAGAAGGGGCUGGUUACACCUGCCUCUGCUGCUCAAGAACUUGCAGAUUCUGUGAAGGAUGUGGCUACAGAUUAUCUGGAUGCUAGUUCCAGAAAUAUGAAAGGUGCAGCCAACUACCUUCUUCAUACAUCUGUGGGUUCUGUUGACGGGAUAAUUGAUAACCUGAAGUAUUCGCCAUCUGCCAUGAGUAGUUUGAUUAGCUCUUAUAAAAGUCUUCUUACAAAUCCUAGGUUUAAUCUGUCUGUGCACAUUCCCUCUUUAGCUGUCUCUUUGGAGAUGGAUAUGUAUAGACUGACUAAAUUUGUGCACCCACCGCCUUUUGUUUCAAUGGGAUACAUUUUAGCGGAAAUGAAUAAGAAUGUUAAUUCCUUAAAGGGAGAGUGGGAUAUAAUCGAAAGAUCAUUAUUUGGCCACGAAAAUGAUUACUUCAGGAAGAAGUUCCUGGAGAUGACAAAGGACCUUGCCACAGUAUUAGACUCUUUGUCUGUACGCUUGGGGAAAGACAUAAAAUUAAGUAUGCCUGGGGUAGAUGCGCUUAGGUUCAGAUUUAAAACCAUUUUGGACGAAAUUAAAAAGAAGAACCACUUGACCAUGUCGGGUGAACUGGACCUGAAGGAACUUCUGGAUUAUAGUAUGGGGAUAUCCUCGCAGCUGCAUGAUAUUGAUAGGGCUAUACUUAGUCUAGGAGAGCCCAGUCAGCAUACAUCUGGGCACUACCUGGCAGAACGAGGAAAUCCUUUGAAGGAUCUUACUGGCUUUGAUAAUAUAAGAAGAAGGAUCCUUAGUGAGCAAGAUGGUUCGUAUAAAUUAAGAAAAUUAUAA